AGGAUGUGGCUCAGCUAUUUUACUGUUUUCCUACUGUUACCACCCCCUGCAAAAGUUCUGUAGGAAUGAGUGACAGUAAGAAAGACAUGGGUCCAGGACUGGCUUCCUCUUAGAGGUGAUAAAAGCCAGAGAGAAGGUACCUGAUGCGAAUGGCAGAGAGCCUGCAGGUGCAAAGAUGAGCAAUGGGAAGACAUCCAAACACCAGCACCUCACAGGGAUAGAAAGUCCAAGUGGAUCUUAUUCCAGGACUGAAAUGGAUGGUGAAGUCCCAACCAAGCCUAGAAAACAGAAGGGGGACAAUCAGAAUGCAUGUUGGAAAAUGCUCCUCUUUCUCAUGCUGUGCCUGCUACAAGCUGCAAAUGCAUUGACGGGCCCAAGGCAGGUGUCUGGGGAGCCUGGGGGAGCUGUCACCAUCCAAUGCCAUUACACCCCCUCAUCGAUCAACAGGCACCAGAGGAAGUACUGGUGCCGCCUGAGGCCCCUGACGUGGAUCUGCCACACCAUUGUGUCCAGCAACAAGCACAUUCACCAUCGCUAUCACGGCCGUGUGGCUCUAACAGACUUCCCACAGAGAGGCUUGUUUGUGGUGAGGCUGUCUCAGCUGUCGCUGGAUGACGUGGGACGCUACCGCUGUGGCAUUGGAGACAACAACUAUAUGCUCUCCUUCAGCAUGAACCUGACCAUCUCUGCAGGUCCUUUCAACCACUCAACCACUCCAGUUGCCAGAGAGCUCAUCACGGGAUCCUUUGCAACAGCAUCUCCAGCAACCAACACAUGGACACCCGGAACCACCCAGAUGACAGAUGGACAGGGGAUGGAAUGGGGUGAAGUUGCUUCAACUUUAGGAACCAGCAAGACCACAGCAUCCACUCAGGGUGGACAAACCCCAGAGGUGACCAGGAGUAUAGCCACAGGGCCAGGCACCUGGAUAGAAGGUCCCAUCAGGGCCACAGUUCCCAUUCCAGAGCACCCAGCUUCGAAAACUGGAAUCAUGUCCAACAUGACAGAAGGUGCUUGGGCGUGGGGUACCAGAAGCUCAGAAACAAAUAGGGCUGGGGUCCAUGAGGGCAGGAGGGAGAUGACAAGUACUGAGGCUGUUAGGCCAACUGAGGGAACAGAGAGAGUCAGGAUAGCUCUGGAUGCAGCUAUAGAGGGAACAGAGAGGGUCAGGAUCGCUCCGGAUGCAGCUACAGAGGGAACAGAAAGGGUCAGGAUCGCUCUGGAUUUAGCUACUGAGGCUGCAGGAACCAUUAAGCCAUCAGUCUCCCAAAAACUGGCCUGGGAAACACUCCAAGAAGCAACACCGAUUUCUAAGCAAAGAGCCCUGGAAUCCACUGAAGGAAUGACCCCAACUGCAGGCGUGUGGCCCUUGGAAACCAGCGGUGUAAAGACGGCCUCUGCGGAAGGAAGAACUGAAGGGGACCUGGGCACUGCUGCUGCCGGCAGUGAUCCCCGAGCAACGCCCAGCCAGAAUCCAGCAACAGGACCCCGGAGGCCCCUUGACAAGGAAUCCUCUGUGAAGAGUGCUUCUCCAGAAGAAGAGAACAUGACUCGAGUCCUGCCUCCAGUCUUUACAGUGCUGGUCCUGUUUGUGCUUGUGGCUCUGGCUCUGUUGCAAAGGAAACUCCAGAGAAAGAGAACCCCUCAUGAGAUCAGAAGGGUCACCCUACUUCGGAUGACAUGUUUCCUGGAUCCGGACCGCCAACCAGGCCAGCUGCCCCAGGUAGAAAGGAAAAUGUUCCAGGAUGGCUCUCCUCCUACCCAAGCCAGUAUGACUGUAAUAGAGAGGGACUCAGGACCCUGAGAAAUGGGGUGGGGGGGUUGCUCAGUCACCUAGAAGGACCAGGACCAAACACCUCCAUGACCCCAGCCUCUUAUAAUCUUUCUUUCACCUGCAAUGAAGAGAAGCUAAUGCAGCCGGAGUUCCAUGUGGGGAAGCAAAGGCUGACCAUCCUUGGGACUGAGAAGGUCAAACAUUCUCCAUGGCUAAGGAUGACACUAUGACUCAAAGAAGGUGUCAAGAAAGGAAUGAUUAGGCACUGAAAGAAGGCACCUAAGAAAAGUGCAGAUGUCCAUCCCUGGAGGUGUGAAAAUACUGAAGGCUUCCAAUCAGUUGCAGUUAAAAAUUCCUCAUCAUUCCUAGCCCUUGUUCCCCUUCACCCCUGUUCUGGCAUCUGUUAGUACUCAGCCUGCUGCCCACACUCACUGAUGCUCACACAGACUAGCCUUGCCUUCUCAAGUAGAUUUUAAGCUGCUUUGGGACAGUAAUUGUGUUUUACCCAUGUCACCAUGUCCCCAGAGAACAUACAGCUCCAUAGGACCCCCUCUACCCCAUACAUGUCUAUGACUGUUUGGGAGGACACAGGCUAGUGGCCCUUGGAAACCUUGUCCACCCAGGAGCUUUGGAUCUCUUUAAACUUCUGUCCCUUCAAUUGGGAGUCCUCAGGAUGACC